UGUUCCGUAUAUAGAGAUAGCUUGAGAACGAGAAGCAAGAAUCAGAUUCGGAGAAAAUUUUCAGGGCAGAGAAACAGAACAAUGGCGGAUCAAGAGACAGGACCCAUGGUCGGAGCGCCCCGCGACGUCGACUUCAAUGCCAACGAUCUCCAAGUCGAGAGUCUCGCUCGCUUCGCCGUCGAUGAACACAACAAGAAGGAGAAUGCGGGGCUGCAGCUCAAGAGGGUCCUCGGUGCAAAAACGCAGGUAGUGGCGGGAACGAUGCACCAUCUCACUCUCGAGGUUGCAGAAGGAGAGACCAAGAAGGUUUAUGCGGCCAAGGUUUGGGAGAAGACAUGGGAGAAUCUCAAACAGCUGGAGGAAUUCAAGCAUCUUCACGAUGUCGAGGCUUGAGCUUUUUCGCUGGGCUUUGUGCUCUGUGAAGUUCAGCUCAAGUUUGAAGAAAGUACCAUAGCUCGUUGAAUAAUGUUUCCAUCAGGUGAUCUGGGGGUGAAAUUCAGACACUUUAUCUGUUUGUAAGAUUUGAUCAUCACUCUGUUUCUGUGUGUAUGGGUGACUUCAUGUUUGUGUAUUACAACUAAAAUCCGUAUUUGAGUGCAAUGACAUACAAAAAAACCACUACAUUGCUGUGUCA